AUGGGAAACAACAUGACAUUGAUCAAAGAAUCCAUCCUACUGGGAUUUCCACUCAGUCAACGGAUGCAGAUGCUCCUCUUUGCCCUCUUCUCCCUGUUCUAUGCCUUCACCCUGCUGGGAAAUGGCACUAUCCUGGGGCUUAUCUGUCUGGGCCCAAGACUCCACACUCCCAUGUAUUUCUUCCUCUCCCAUCUGGCCAUUGUUGACAUCGCCUAUGCUUGUAAUAUGGUGCCCCAGAUGCUGGUGAACCUCCUAGAUCCUGUCAAGCCCAUCUCCUUUGCCCGCUGCAUGACACAGACCUUUCUCUUUUUGACAUUUGCCAUCACAGAAUGUCUCCUCCUGGUGGUGAUGUCCUAUGAUCGCUAUGUAGCCAUCUGCCACCCCCUCCAAUAUUCUGCCAUCAUGAACUGGAAGGUUAGCACCAUGGCUGCAACUUCGUGGAUUGCUGGAGUCCUUCUGUCCUUGAUUCAUCUAGUGUUACUUCUACCUUUGCCCUUCUGUGUAUCUCAGAAAGUGAACCACUUUUUCUGUGAAAUCAUGGCUGUUCUCAAACUUGCCUGUGCAGACACCCACCUCAAUGAGAACAUGGUCCUGGCUGGGGCAGCGUCUGUGCUCGUCGGACCGUUCUCCUCAGUUGUGGUCUCCUAUGUGUAUAUCCUUGGUGCUACCCUGAAGAUUCAGCCAGGGGAAGGUCAAAGAAAAGCCUUCUCCACCUGCUCCUCCCGCCUCUGUGUGGUUGGACUCUUUUAUGGUACAGCCAUUGUCAUGUAUGUUGGACCCAGAUAUGGGAGCCCAAAGGAGCAGAAGAAAUACCUCUUCCUGUUUCACAGCCUGCUUAAUCCCAUACUCAAUCCCCUCAUCUACAGUCUUAGGAACUCGGAUGUAAAGAAUACUUUGAAGGGAGUGCUGGUGAUGCAGAGAGUUUUGUAA